CAACCAGCUUGUUUGGAGUCUGUAAUGUAAGAAGGGCCUGCGUGCGCCAAUGAAACAAAUCUGGCGCUAAUGUUUAGCGUUUAUCCUAGCUGCCCGUGUGGGGCGCGAGGCAUGGCUGAGUCGUAGCCAAUUCCGAUUGUGUGCUUUGCGAGCUUUGGGGCAGCCACCAUGAGCAAAGGGGUGUGUGCCUAUUUGCUUGUGCUGACCCUGGCCCUGUCCGGGUACUGGCUCGAAAGAGCCAAUGCGCGGACGCUCUCGCGCGGAGUCUUCUCGCCGAGCCAGUUCAUAGCUUUGCUACUGGACAACACAGUCGACCAGGUGGUCGUAGAAGCACCGCUGCUGGCCCUGACGGAGGAUGUGUUUCAGGGUGUCAGAACGCCCAUACGGCUCAACCGCACCGUCAGUGUGGUGGGCAGUCCUGCCCUGCCCGAGCCGCCCAUGAUGCUGUUAUUCGCACGUCACAAGAUUGAGCUGUGCCCAGGCAUCAGCUUCGUUUUUGUAAAUAUGGCGAUCCAAUUCUGCGUCACGGACAGCCCAGCACGGGCACCCAACUUCUACAUCUUUUCGCCUUCUCUUGCUCCUAGUGUGGGUUCCAACACUACACGUAUCGUCUUCCAGGACUCGCUGGUCAUAUUUGGUGUAGGACUGCCUCUGGAGCUGCGUAAGGCGAAUGUUCUGGCGGUGACCCGACCUCCUUACGAGGGCUCUGGUCCGCAAGACAUCGAUUUUAUGGCACCAUACCCGCACGGCACGUGCACGUAUGAGUCCGCAGCCCCGCUCCGGGAUCGCUGUUGGAGCACGGGGGGAGACGUGUACAGAGACGCCGCUUUUGCUGGGGCUGACGUGUCAACUGCUGACGGAACGCUGGUGCCAAACAACGUCAGUGUUCGCAUCCUCAGUAGCAUAUUGGUGUGCCGGCAGAAUGUGAGCGAGGAGUGCAUCGCAUCCCUCGGCCCAUACGGCUGCCUUGUGUUUUCCUACCGCCAACUGCGCGACUUGCCGCCGGUGCCCAUUUCCGCACAAAUGGCCGCGAUACUGGCGCAGCAACAGCAGCAGCAGCAGCCGUCGGUGCCGCCAGGCUUCCACACGCCCUCCCCAGGGCCAGCCGGGUUGCUAGAUAACGGCAGCUCAGACGCAGGAGGCGGCAGUACGGCGGUGCUGGUGGGCGCCAUCGUGGCAGGGGUCCUGGGAGCCGCGGCGCUGGUGGGAGCGGCCGGGGCCAUCUUGUGGUAUGUCAGGCGGCGGAGUAGCGGGGCGGCACAAUCCUCUCUUCAGCUGGACGCCAGCACCGGCCAACCCAAAUGCGCCGUUGGCCUUGACAGCAGCAGCGGACGAGGUGCGAGCCUGCAGGAGCACGCAGCGGCACAACAGGACGGAAAGGCAUCCAGGCUUGCAGACUACAGCGAGCAUGCCACGUUGAUGUCACUCACCGACCGCGAUGGCCACGGCAGCGUCGAGACAGCCGCCGCAACGUCUGGCAAUCGUCAGGAUCCCGCCGGAAUCCAAGCGCAAGGGUCAGAGAAUAGCAACCGGAUGCUCCCUGACCUGGUCAUCCACGCAUCUCCCUUCCGGGAGGGGCUUUCAACAAACCUGGUGGUGUUGGUGCCCUUGCGCGGCACCCCGACCACAGCAGGCGGCGGGGUGUCGUUGCCACGAACUCCAGCUGCUGCGGCCCCUGCGUCCGUGUCCAGUGCGAGCAGACCCAGCAGCGGGGCGCGCUCGUUCGGUGGCAGCUCAGCAGCGCAAAACGGCGCGGGCGGCAGUGCGCCACCGGGCAUUCAGAAGGAAGCAGGCGGAGCAGCUGCAGCAGGCCAGCGCCAGGCGCGACCUUCGUCGGCCGCGGCGGCCUGCGGCGCUGGUGGAAGUGACAGAGGAACGAUAUAUGUGUCGGCAGGAAAUGAACCGGAGAUCACGCGGCGGGCAGCCGCAUACGCGUCAAAAGUUGCCGCAAUGCUCCUCCACACCAGCAGCGACGUCGACAGCCUCCUGCACAUUGCCUACGGCUCUGGCCUGAGACCAUUGGCAGCGGGCACGCCUGUGGCAGCCGGUGCUGCUGGGAUGGAGGCAGCAGCGGGGGCCGCGCACAGCGGCACUGCUAUGCCAGUAAAUGCAGAGGCGAUGGCGGGCAUGCGGGCCGUGGGCACUCCAGCCGCUGCCGUGUCUCUGCUGCCCUUACCUGAAGCAUGUGAGGAGCAGAACGUCCAAGUCGAGGUGGUGGAGUUGCUGCCUAUUAAGCUGGGCAGGGGCAGCUUCGGCCGGGUGCAGGAGGGCCGGUACCGGGGGCAGCGGGUGGCUGUGAAGCAGGCGCUGGACCAACACGACGGGCUGUCGAUGCCCACGGGAAAACUGGUGGCGUCGUUCCUGCAGGAGGUGGAGGUCAUGGGCAGGUGCGACCACCCAAACAUCUGCAAGCUGCUGGCGGCGUGCCUGGCCCCUCCCAAGCUGUGCCUGGUGAUGGAGUUGAUGGACACAAGCCUGGAGUCCCUCAUUAAAGGCCAGACGCCAGGGCAACUGUUGCCGCUGCCCAAACUGCUGCACAUCGCCAUCCAGGUGGCGCAAGGGCUGGAGUACCUGCACCCGACCGUGCUCCACCGCGACCUGAAACCUGCCAACGUGCUCAUUAGCAACCCGGAGUCGGGCACUCCCAUCGUCAAGCUCACGGAUUUCGGGCUGUCCAAGAUUACGGAGAUGACGCUGCAGACAGCGAAUGCGGAGGCAGGCACUCCGGCGUACAUGGCACCAGAGUGCUUUGACGUCACUAACGACAAGCUAACGCACAAAGUGGACAUGUACGCAUUCGGGGUGAUUCUGUGGGCGAUGCUCACUGGGGAGGAGCCGUGGAAAGGCUACCCUCUGGUGUCUGUGGCGUACAGCGUACACUGCGGGCGGCGUCUUCCGCUGGACGAUAUACCAGAUAGCCGAUGCCCGCGGAAAAUGCGGAAGCUCGUCGAACAGUGCUGGGAGCCGACACCUCGCCGGCGGCCCGCGGCGGCUGAGGCUGUGAAGGAGCUGCUCCUCCUCAGAGAGCAGCUGCUGACGGACGGCGCGGCGCCGUCCUCCACUGAAAUCAGCUGACGCACUUUGCGCUACAGCCGGCGCGGUUGCACACCUGGAGUCGCACAGUCGGUCGAGUGGCGCGCCUGCUGGCCGGCAAGCUUGGGCCAAGAUGCACGCCCACCAGCGGGCAGUCGGGGCUCAUUCCAUGGCGCGUGUGCCACACGCACACCCAAGCGGUGCUGGGGGGCCAUCCAGGGGGGCGGCCCCGUCCAGGUUUCUUUGGUUCGUGACCUCGUAUGCAUUGGGCUAGGUUGGGCCAGGUCUUGAAUUCGGCAGACUGGACGACACUGGAUGCAUGGGCUUGAACACUGGUAGCAGGCACUGCUGCGAAACGCUGAUAACAGGUUGGGAAUGCAGAAUUGAAUCACUGUGAAGCGCUGAAAUUAAAAGUUGAUGGGAUUUGCUCGCAACACGGCGGAAAUUGUACAACAAACCGACACUUUUGUAGACGUCUGCUCGUAUGUGAACUAGUUUGGUACUGGGGCGUGCAUGAGGCUCUGUAUCUGCCGCAACUGGUCGCAGAGCUUGCAUAGUCCUGAACAGUGUGCUGCGCACUGGAAACCGAGAAGUGAUGAUGGCAACUUGUCAUCUCGUAAUUGUGAUUUAUCGUGCGGCUGGGAGUACUUCCAGUCACGGCUAUUGAUGAUAUGCAGGGGUCUACGCAGUUGGGUGUUGGCGUGGCUGACCAUGCAAUGUGCAGCCAUCGUGUGGUUUGCGGUGGCAGGGUUUACCAGAGCCACCGUACAAGCAUGUGAAGUAGGCAUUCGUAAAGCCUGCGCUUGCCUAUGACCAAUCACAGUUUGUCUAGACCCCCUGCUUCGUAACGCUGGAUCCUGGAGAUUGCUGCCUUGAUUGCUGCAUCACACCAUCUGCAUUCUUGCCACAAGGGUGCCCUGAGUGUCAUUUUGGUCCAGGCUUUGGAUAUGCAUAGAAUUCUCCCUUUCAUUUUGCUUACGGGUGUAGGUGCUGUUGAUUGCGGUAUUUCAAGGUGCUGUUGAUGCAGGUGGCCCAAGUUGAUGCUUCCAGAAUAUCAACCAAGCCAUGAACCUGGGCUGACUCGGGGAGAGCAUGGUAUGAGUAUGUACAAGCGGUUAGAGUGGCCCGCUUGCGGCUGUAUUACGGUAGUUGCAAGAGCUCGUCCUGCUCUUGGAUGUUUGCGAAUGGUUGGUGGUGCACAACUGCCUUGUGCACCGUCGCGCAGUGCCGCACCGACCCGCACCUGUGGGAAUGUGUGGCGGGCCGCCUCUCGCGCCUAUCCGAUCCUACUAGGAAGUGCGUGCUGCUGUUGCUGCUGCUUAUACAGCCACGUGUCGCGGGCCAUCCAUAGACAUUGUAAGGCGCCAAUGCUGUCUGCUCCACGUCCUACCACGUACUUACGUCCUACCCUUGUGUCCUUACAGUAGGGAGGGGUGUGGAGGAAGGCAACCUGCGCCUACUGCUGCUACCGCGCACACGGCGUCAUUAUACCGUUAUCAUGCUUCACAGUACCAUGCCAUCGACCUCGGCUCCUACAUUCGCCUGAUGCAACAGGGUGCAUGAUGAAUCAGACGGAUUACGAGAUGUCGCUGCAUAGUACGGUACUUCACACCGAGCCGCCUUUGGCGCUUGUCCUCACAGCCCUGCCAAUUCACCAUGUUCAGUCCACAACGCUUUCCUUACUACGGUACACGGUGGUCAAGCUGGUGGGCGGUGCACCUCCCCCACGUUCAUUGACAAGAGCUGGCCCCGCACACGCGCCAGCUCCGCCCCCAGCGCGCGCGCCCGCUUAGCCUCGUCCACCCACUGCCGCCGGCUGGUCGCCACCUCAUCAGCCAGCUCGCGUUGCGUGCUCUGCAGUCGGAUGUGACAGGGUAUGGGCUGGUCAGGCUGGUUGCACGCAUGUGGUGAGACC